AUGUCUAUUAUAUUGACAUCGGUACGCAUGAGGACGCCCACGGAUUUGAAUUUCGAAGCAUUCCCGUUAGAGAAGGACAGACGGCAGUCGGGAUACGUACGUGAGACAAGGACAGAGAUACUCAUCGAUCGGUUUACGUCACGCAAGACGCGUGGGCGCGAUGACGUCACGUCGUAUCCGCCAAUGACAGCACGAGGAAAAGGCGCCACGAGAUAG